UGAAAUAACAUUUCUUUUAGAAAUGUUUUGUAAUAUCGUUUUGGUUUUUCAUGUUACAACAACAGAUAUUUUGUUUACAACGAUGACCCAUGUUACUGCAGGUCAAUAUGAAUUAUUAGCUUGGGAAUUCGAACAUGUUUGUUACACACCUUUACUUGAAUAUGGAUUUACAAAAGACGAUAUUUUAACGUUUAAGAGAAUGUUACCAAACAAUUGUAGCCGGAAAGAAAUGUCAGUUGAGGAUUAUGGGCUUUAUAAUAGAAUUGUUACAGUGAUGCAAACGGAAUCAUACAAUCAUCGAAUUUGUAUAAAUUUUGCCAGGCUUAUUAAACAACACAGUAAAUUAAUUCAUUUUUCAAAAGAAAUGGAAAAAUUUUGGUCUAUACUUCUUAUUCCAAUGAUUCUCAUUGCACAAGGAUAUUUAACAUUUGAAAUGCAUCUCGUUAUAAACGUAUUUAGUUAAUAAGAUAUUAAAAAAAAAAUGAUUUCCUAAAAAUAUUUUUAGAGUAAAGAUGAAACAGUGAUUUUACAAGCCAUUGAAUAUAUGUUACCAAUACUUUUAGAAGUGACAUUGAUUAGUUUUGCAGGUGAAAGUCUUUUACAACAGGUAUAUUGAUUACAUUGAUCCUAGAGUACAUAAUCCGGAUUAAGAUGUUUAUUUAUAACUUACUUAAAAUAAUUUCAAUAUCAAUUGAAAAGUAACAAAAAAAAGUGUCAGAUCUCUGUCGUUAUCUAUUCUAGAAGAAGAUUCCAUUGCUCUAUUAUCUCCUAUUUCCAUAACUUCUUAACUUUCUACUUUAAACUUAUAGUUUUAGAGCAGAGUAGUAACUAAAUAUACUAUUUAAAUGUAGAAAAAUUAACUUAUAAGUAAACAAUUUUGUAAUCAGGGAUAUGUGAAUACCUAGGAUAAAAAAAUAAUCCAUCCACUUAAAGUUGUUUUAUAUUAUAGAGCAUGAAAUUAGGAACAUCUUUAUACACAGCUCCUUGGUAUUUAUGCGGUAAUCGAUUCAAGAAAUUAUUUAGUAUCGUCUUAAUGCGAUGUUCAAGAGACACUUUCAUUACAAUCGGUGGGUUUACCCCUGUUGGAUUGGCGUCUUAUACGUGGGUAAGAAAUACCUUAAUAAUAAUAGUAAGAAAAGUGUUCCAACGCUGGAUAUUUUAGAUGAUGAAAUCGUCUUUUAGCUAUUUAGCUGUAUUAAGAGAGCCAAUUUAAAACACUAAAGGAAGCAUUUUAUUAUAUAUUUAGGAGAUUCACAAAUAAAGAAAAAAAGCACUGAACCAAUGUAGUAUUAAAGAAAAGGGGUUCUCUUAAAGAAUUAUUUAUUUUAGAUCUCGGUUUCAAUCAGAAUUAAAUAUCAAUUAUUGAAAGUAUAACGACAUUCUGUAUUUACAUUAUUUAUCAAGUUCUGGAAACCAAUAAAUACAUCUUCAGAUUGAAGCCACUGUAUUAGUUGCAAUUUGGCGUUAGAAAAAACAUAAAUUAUUAUUACUUAUUGUGCAUUAAAAUGAGGUUUUUAUAUUAUAAUUUUAAAAUAAUGAAAAUGGGGUGUUUACUACCAUACGAUAAAGACGACGGAAUAAUAUCAAAAAUAUUUUUUUAGGGAAGCAAUAAUGCUAUUGAGCAAUAUUGCUAUCUGAUGAACUAUUAUAGUAAAAUAUAGCCUAUAUUUCAUUGUUCAUUUCUGCCACAGAUCCGGUGUUUCUUCGGAUAAUAAAUAAUACUAUUGAUCAAUCUUGAAGUGAGUUUCCUAUACCUUUCUCACUAACACUUUUUGUAUUUUUUCACCCCAUCAUAUGACCCCAGACACGUGUUGUUGGUCAUUCAAGGAAUGCAGAAAGGUAAAUUUUCUCUAAGAGAUAUUGCCAACAAAUAUCAUGUACCUAAAUCAACACUGGAUUUUAAAGUUAAACAUCCAGGGCAUAAAGAGACUUUUGGACCUUGUACCGUUUUAACUGAAAACAAGGAAACUUCUUUAGUAUAUUUGAUAAAGGAGAUAGCUAAUAGAGGACUUCUUGGGAAUAAAGAGAAUAUGAUCCCUAAACAAGCAAAUAAUAUUCCAAUUGAAUCAAAUUCUGAUCACUAUCAAAGUCCAAAAGUGCAUAUAAUUGCAAAUG